UUUAGGUAUCACUAUAUAAUUCCAAUACUAGUGCAAUAUAUGAAGAAGUUAUUAUUUCUGGGUUUUAUUUUGCACAGAUAUUAUGGGCUUCAUUGUUUACUUCUGAUCAGAUCUCACUGUUUACAUAUUUUCCAGAUAGCAAUAAUUUUCCAGAUAGCAUUAAUUUUUUUCCUUCUUUUUUUUUUUUUAAGAUCUCCACUAAAUCCCAUUUUGUGCUUGACCUUUAACCAAGUGACUGCAUUUGCCAGAGGCAGUAUUACAGUUGCAUAUAAAACCGUCUUGGAUCCUAAUGCUGUUCUACUACCUGGAUGUGAUAAUUGGGAAGUUUGUAAGGGAUUUUCAGUUAAUUUCAACUGUACCAGUCAGCAGAUGCCUGAUCAAUUUGAAAAGGUGGACUUGGAGAACCAUUUCCUACAAAACAAGGUGGAUCCUAAUAUUGUCCUUCAUCCCUGUGUUUCCAUGGAAAAGCGAAAUUCCUCUAGUGAAGUGAGCCACCAACGGCAGAUAACACGGUUGACACUGUUGUCUGCAUCCAGUGUAUGGCUGAUCACGAAGACUGGAAUGAUCCUGAGCAAAGCGGUAACUCAGGGCUGCCUAGCUAUUGGUCAUCCAAUCAGAGUCAAGGCCACUGAGGGAACAUUACUAGAAGGAUACAAAUUAGUCCUGCAGAAAAGGAAUAAUGGAGAGGAUUCUCAGAAGUGGCUGUUUGGAACUGAUGGCUGCAUUUAUUCUAAGGCUUAUCCUCAGUUUGUUUUGACCUACCUAGAGGAGCUAAAUGCACAACUGGAUGUGACCCAAACAGAGUAUCACAUUGACCAGGGUGCCUGGACCUCAGAUCAUCAGCUACAUGGCAGCAACUUAGCAGAAGAGGAUUUGAAACAAAGUAUCAGUAUCCCUCAUCCAAAGCGACUGCCAGAAUCUUUAGACACCUGUCUGUUGCCAGAAGGCUCCCUUGGGGAGACAGAACAGCUGACAGUGGCGUUGGUGAGGAAACUGGAAGGAAAGCAUCCUAAGGCUUCUGCUCAGAGAUGGGCCAUAAAACAUGAAGGGACCAAUAAACCAGGGCAGUGGAGACAUUCCAGAGUUGAAAAUCCUGUCUGGAACAAGCUUACCUACAUGUGGCCAGUCCUUCCCAGUGGCCAACUUAAUGAGGAGUUUGAUUGGCCAAUAGAAGGAUUGCUUAUUCCAAAUAGUCCUCCCAUGAAGAAACCCAUCAAUAAGACCCCAGGCCAAUAUGCUCCUGUGAGAAUCAGAGUUUUGAGAAAUGGAGACAAGAACAGCAGCCGAGCCCUUACAGUUGUAUGUCCGGACAUCUCACCCAGACAGAGAAUGCUAACUGUUGACACUGAAAGGAAAGAGAAUAUAAAACAUGAUGUCACUAAAUAUUCUAAAUUAGAAACAAGCGAGACUGAAUUGUAUCAACUUUUGGAGAGGUGCACUGAAGUUUUAAGUUUACCUACUGCAGCUCGGAGAUUGUUUAAUGACAAGGGGAAGGAAAUCUUUGCUCUUAAAUUCCUACAAAAAGAUCAACUGGUAUAUGUUUCAUGUGGAGAACAGUGGAUCAAUCCUGAUCUGUCCAUUGCUCAGCAAAAAAAGAAAAUCUUUCUCAACAACCUAGCAUCAGAUAUAUCUAAAAUUCAGUCCUUCUGUAGAAUACACAAUAUAGAUGUGCUUGUGUUACAAGUCCAAAGUGACAUUGUAUCUGGAGCCAAGCUUGCUGUGCAUAAACCUGUAGCAGUUUUUGGAAAAGAGAAGCAAAUUAUAAAACAAGAGGAAAAUCAAAUGCAAAAACAUGCUUUAACUAUGAAAAAUGCAUCCAGUGAACCUCUAGAUUCACAUGCAAGAGCCCAUCUGAGAAUGAAGGCUUGUCACACGCUUCUCAGGUAUGCCUGGCAGGAAAUUCCUUAUGACUUUGAUGUGGAUGACACACUUCCAGAGAACAUGAAAGACAAGUUCUUUGAAAAUAAGCAGUCACAGAAGGAUUACAGUCAUUUGCCAAAGCAGGAUAAACUGCAGAAGCUUUGCCAUCAGCAAUUUGUAUACAGAGAUGGACAAAUUAUAAGCCAUUCUGCUCCUCAACUAGUCUUGGGAGUACAAGGUCCCAAUCUGCGUUCAGGCAUGGAAGUGAUAUUGGUGGAGAAAAAAUCUGAUGAUAAAUAUCAACACUGGAUGCACAAGGAAAGCAGCAGGACCUUUCACUUGAUGAGUAAUCCAGAUUUUGUGCUAGCCGUGUCUAUGACCAAGGCUACAAAGGAAGACCAAGGCUAUCCAGUCAUUGUUCAGAAAUAUAAACCAUAUAACAAUGGAACUUCCAAUCAAAAGUGGAAUUUCAUAGAAAACAUGAAAGCAUUCAUGGCCUUUUAUAGCACUGCACUGGAUAAGGAAAUCACAGCGGCAAAUUAUGCUGGUAUUUGUACAUCUUCUGUGGUUAAAGAAGAAAAUAUUAACCAACCAGGAUACUGUUACCUUUCACCCAAUGGAAAGAAGAAAACCAUGCUUUGCUUGGCAUGUGGACAAUCUAUGAGAGCAGAGAAAGGACUGAAACAGUUACUUCCAGGAGUGUCAUUCCUCUGUGCCUCAGGUUCCAAAGCUCACAAGUCCUUCUCAAGAGGCCCUUUCAAGGUCAUCAAUGUAGCCAAGACUGACUUAUCUUAUGAGGCUGAAAAAACCCUAAAAUAUUACGAAGAACUCCUGUUAUCUUUACGGAUGAAGAGCUACACGCAAGUUGUAUCUUGUGGUAGUGUGGCAGCUAUGUACCAUAAGGCAGUGAAAAUAAUUGCAUACAAAAAUGGAGAUGGAUAUCAGAAUGGAAAGUUAAUUGUGGCUGGAACAUUCCCCAUGCUUCUUACAGAAUGCACAGCACAACUUGGGCUCACUAAAGCAGCUACCAAAGUUUAUACCAAAGAUGGAACCUUAAUCCUUUCUUUGCGUAACUUGGUGUUAUGGGCACUGGAUGAAUAUUUUAUCCGGAAAGAUAUUGAGCAACAAGAAAAAGAUGCAGUUCCUGUUGGAACAGACAAGAUCCCUCCAGAACAUGUGAAAGAAAACUCGAGAACAAAAGUGAAAAACACAUUAUUUUCAAAGUCUGUGACAUCUGAUAAUUUGGAUGGUAUAGAUAAGUCUUUGCUUACUGUUAUCCUCAAAAAUCCUAUUGCCAUCUGGGUUUCUUCUGGUGAACCAUUUUUGCCUCCUAAUGCUUUGCAGAAAGCAUACAAGUUAGUAAAACAUAACUGGCAUAAAAAGGACAAAAUUUUGGCUGAUCUAGAUACAAUGAAGCACAAAAUGAGACAACUAAAAGGGCGGCGGGUAGCAGCAUGUCAGCCGGCCACCAUGGUUUCCAACAAAAACCCUUUGCAGCCGGUGGUGGUGGAAGGAGGCUGGACUGCGCAGACUCAAGAGGAAAUUAAACUCACUGAACUUAUAAAGCACACAGAGGCACACCUUUCUAAGGUCCAAGAACUACAAUCCAAGAGGAAGUCCCUAACUGCAACUAAAAUAUUAGCAUGUAAGCAGAGCAACCUGUAUAAGCAACCCAAUGCAAAACGAGUAUGGACAUAUCUAAAUGGAGGCAGACCUGAAGAUGGUACUUAUGCCUGGGGCAAAACUCUUUCAGAGCUACUAGAUGACUGUUCCUUUAGACUCAAAAUGCCCCACCCAGCCAAGACAAUGUACACCCCAGAUGGAGAGCUGAUUCAGUCCUGGGAUGAUGUAGAGAGAGACAUGGUCAUCUGUGUGUCCACAGGACAUGGCUUUAUAACUCAAAAAGAGUUAAACAAAUUGGUGGAAGUCAGAGCAAAUUAUGCAAGGAUCCGAAGGUUUCAGGGCCCUCAGGCCACAGAUAUUAUGGUGUCCCCAUCCAGGAAGCUGAUGUCUCUGGUACAUCUACACAAUUAAUUUCCACCACAGCCAUUAUGUUUUAUGCUAUAUAUUGCUAUCCUAACCUUUUUGUGCGUAUUUAUAUGCAUGCUACAAUAUUAUGACUAUUCAUAAUAUUGUCUCUUUUAUUAUGACUAUUCAUAAUAGUGUCUCUUUUAAAAGUUAUAACCAUCCAUAUUUUACAUAGAAUGCCAUUUAAUGUCUGAGACACUCUUCGAAAUGCAAAACCAAAAUAGUCAAGAAAGUGUUAGUAGUUAUCAUAGGUGUAUUUUCUCCCUAGGUUUUUGUUUUGUUUGUUCGUUCUUUUGCCAGGGCUUCACCACUCCAGACUGCCUUUUUCAGUUUGAAGGAGAGACAAUAACAGACAGACAGAAGGAGAAAACACCACAGCACAGGGAAUUAGGCGGUAAAGUAGCGGGUUAAGCGCAGGUGGCACAAAGCACAAGGACCUGCGUAAGGAUCCUGGUUCCAGCCCCUGGCUCCCCACCUGCAGGGGGAUUUGCUUCACUAGUGGUGAAGCAGGUUUGCAGGUGUCUAUUUUUCUCUCCCCCUCUCUGUUUUCUCCUCCUCUCUCCAUUUUUCUCUGUCCUAUUCAACAAUAAUGACGAAAAUAAUAACUACAACAGUAAAACAAGGGCAGCAAAAGGGAAUAAAUAAAUAAAUAUUUUUUACAAAGACACCACAGCACUAAAGAUUCCCCCAGUGCAGUGGAGGCCUUGUUCAAACAUGGAUUGCAUGCAUGGGAAAGCAGACACUCUAGCCAGGUGAACUACCUUCCCAGCACAAAAUUACUGAUUUUAACUGAAAUACAUAUAAUAUGUGUUAAUAAAAGUUUUGAUCCACCUAACAUGAUGUUUGACCAAAAUUGAAAACAUGGAUUAACCAUAAUAUUUUCCAAAAAGCCAAGCUAAAACGCUGCAUCAGCUAAACUAAAAUGAAAUGACAUGUGGUAACCAAAUGCCACAUGAAUGAAUCUUUUGUUCUAUAACUUCCCUCCAGUUUGACCUGUAGUGACAGUGUAGAACACUUUAUGGAGUAAAGCUAGAUGCCACUUGCUAGAGUGAAGCUGCAUAGUUCCUAACAUAUACAAUCUAAAGACUCAGUAAAAGACUUAUAGUAGUCGGGGGGUAUGCGAUAGCACACAGAGUUAAACACACAUAGUACGAAGUGCAAGGACCAGAGCAAGGAUCCCAUUUCAAGUCUCUGGCUCCCCACCAGCAGAGGGGAUCACUUCACAGGCAGUGAAGCAGGUCUGCAGGUGUCGACUUUUCUCUCCUUCUCUCUAUCCUCCCCUCCCCUCUCAACUUCUUCUGUCCUGUCCUAUCCAAAAAAAAGACUUAUAGUAACCAAAAGUCGUAGACCAUUUUUCUAAAAUAGGACUUAGGGAAAUAUAUGCACCACUAAAAAGUUUUUCGUAUCAUCAUGGGAGAUCCUCUUCAGUCUUAUGUUUUGAUUCUUCAAAAAGCAAACUUGUCUGUCAGUUUCU